CGGCGGGAGCGGAGCGGCGGGAGCCCCCGCCCGCCCCGGCGGAGCAGCGCGGAGCGGGCAGGGCUGCGGCAUGGAGGGGAGCCGGACGCCCCCCCGGUACGGAUCGCUGGAGUCCACCCGGUGGCCGCCCGCCGGCGCGGGGCCAGAGGACGAGAUUGUUUCCAUGGCUGACUCGACCACCACCAUUGAUGACAUCGAAGGGGAGCUCUUCAAAAUCGAGAGGAUCAGGGAGAUCCUGGUGAGGAGGGAGUCAGAGCUGCGGUACAUGAUGGAUGACAUUCAGCUUUGUAAAGAAAUCAGCCGACUGAAAAAGGAGCUUCAAAAACUCAUAGCUCUUCCAGAGAACGAGAAGUCCAAUGAGGAGAAGCAGAAGGAAGAGGAGCUGGUACAGCAGAUUCACAAGCUGGUGGAAACACGGGAUUUCCUGGUGGACGAUGUGGAGUUUGAGAGGCUCAGGGAAAGGGAAGAAGACAAGGAAAUGGCAGAGUUCCUGCAAAGUAAGCUCUCCAAAAGCUACCUCCAGAAAGCAACUCCUGUCAAAGAGAAGAAAAUGACUUCCAGGGGGCAGCAAACCUCUGCACCGUACAUGACCAAAACGGGCCUCACCCUGCUCAAGGAGUGCUGUGGCUUCACCUGCUCCAUCAUGUAG